CCCUGGCGACGUCUGCGUGCUGGGGUCCUGACGCUGACGUCAUCAUUGCCCCGUCAGCGUUCAACCUAGACCAUACCAAGUCCUGCCCCCCCCCCCUUCCCACACAGGGCGGUUGGUACGGCCCGGAUCUCCCGGUAUGAGACGCACAUGUUGGUGUUUGUGUGUUCUAUUGCACCGGUGUUGCAGCGCUCGUUGCAUCGAAACCGACAGCACCGUGAGAAGGGAGUCUGAGGAACCGGAGCUGAACAGGACCUGAGUCCACCAGGACCCGGGGGCUGGACCGUGCGACUUCACCGGCUGAGAGGUGGGUGCGACACCGUGGACCGCACCGGUACCGUCGCCCGUGAAGGCCAUCAGAAGCAGGCGGAUCCGCGUGGGCGCCGGGCGGUCGCUCCCUCGGUCCAGUACGGAGCAGCCAGUCUGUUUCGCCGAGCCGAGCCUGUCGUCCGGACCGAGCGCUGCCACGUAGCUCGCGGGGCGGGGAUCCGGGUGGACCCCAGCUGCGCCUUUAAACUUUCAAGUUGUGAUCUGACAUGCCACUGCGGGUCAAGGGUCACCAAUGUGACGUCAGCUCGCGGACAACUCAGCAGUCUGUCUCACGUCCAUCUUGCGUGGUGACGGCUCCACGAGUGCGAGUUCCUCCAUCUGGACCGUGACGUCUGAUGCCACGACCUUUUCACAUCCUCUUGAUUUUUGACAAGGAGCAGCGCACCUGAUGAUUCCAGCUGCAUUCUCCUUGAAGUGCACCAGCGGCGACAGCGCCACCAUGAGGGCGUGCAAGAACUGCGGCAGCUGCGACAUCGACGUGGAUCAAGCUCGCGGCGAUGCCGUCUGCAUGGGCUGCGGCUCGGUGCUGGAGGACAACAUCAUCGUGUCGGAGGUGGAGUUCGUGGAGACGGGCGGCGGCGGGUCCCUGGCGGUCGGACAGUUCGUCUCCUCGGAGGGAGCUAAAAACCCCACUUUCGGCGACGGUUACCACACAGGCGUCGGUUCCUCCAGUCGAUCCCAGACGCUGCAGAGAGCCAAACAGCACAUCAGCACUCUGGGUCACCAGCUGCAGAUGAACCAGCACUGCAUCGACACGGCCUUCAACUUCUACAAGAUGGCGCUGUCCAAGCACCUGACGCGCGGACGCAAGGCGCAGCACGUGGUGGCCGCCUGCCUCUACCUGGUGUGUCGCACCGAGGGCACGCCGCACAUGCUGCUGGACCUCAGCGACGUGGUGCAGGUGAACGUCUACGUGCUGGGCAGGACCUUCCUGGCUCUGUCUCGGGAGCUGUGCAUCAACGCUCCGGCCAUCGACCCGUGUCUCUACAUCCCUCGCUUCGCUCACCUGCUGGAGUUUGGAGAGAAGAACCACGAGGUGUCGAUGACGGCGCUGAGGCUGGUGCAGAGGAUGAAGAGGGACUGGAUGCACACGGGACGGCGGCCGUCUGGGCUCUGCGGAGCGGCGCUCCUGGUCGCCGCGCGCAUGCACGACUUCUGCCGCAGCAUCAAGGAGAUUGUGGAGGUGGUGAAGGUGUGCGAGGGGACGCUGAGGAAGAGGCUGAGUGAGUUCGAGGACACGCCCACCAGCAUGUUGACCAUCGAGGAGUUCAUGAGGAUGGACCUGGAGCAGGAGUGUGACCCGCCCUGCUUCACCGCCGGACUCCAGAAGAGCAAGGUCCAGCAGCUGGAGCUGGAGCUGAAGAAGAAGCUGCUGGAGGAGCAGGUGGAAGAUGAGAUCCAGGUCUACGAGGACCAGAUCGACACGGAGCUGCAGAAGUGUCGGCGGCAGCUGCGAGGAGUGUACGCCGCCUACGCCAAGGAAGACGCCGCGGCCGGCCAGGACGCCGCGCUCCUGGCCUCCGCCCACCUGGAGCCGGACGAGCUGGACGAGCUGGGCGCCGUGGCCAGGCACUUUGGGAAAGACCUGAGCGAGCUGACGGUGGAGGCUCUGGUGGAGCUGGAGAGCAGGGCCGAGGAGGAGGAGGCGCCCGGGGGGAGCAGGCCUGCGCUGGCCUCCAUCUUGGGUCCCCUGCCCACCGCUGCCACUCUGGGUCUGAACCAGUCCGUCUGCAGCGACGCAGAGGAGAAGGAGAACGAUGGAUCGGCCGACGGAGGCGGGGAACUGGACCUGAGCGGCAUCGACGACACAGAGAUCGAGCUGUACCUGCUGAGCGACCAGGAGGUGAAGGUCAAGACGGCGCUGUGGAUGGCUGAGAACUCGGACUAUCUCCGGGAGCAGAGAGAGAAGGAAGACAAAAUCGCCAAAGAGAAGGAGCUGGGCAUCUUCAAGGAGAAGAAGAAGCGGACGCCCAACAAGCGCCGCGCACCCAUCCAAGCCAGCACGGCGGACGAGGCCAUCGGGAAGAUGCUGGAGCAGAAGAGGAUCUCAGCCAAGAUCAACUACGACGUCCUGAAGGACCUCAACGUCAAGCCACCCGCCAGCCCUGCCUGCAAGUCAGAGAAGAGCUCGUGCGGCGGCGGCGGGAGCCGGAGAGCCGCCGGACGCACGCCGCCCAGCCUCAGCGUGCCACUCAGCUCGCUGGGGAAACGUUUGCAGCCGUUCAUCAGCCGCCAGGCCAGUAAGAAGGUGGCGCUGGAGCAGGUGACUCCCCUCACCAGCAACACGGGUGCACAGCCGACUCCAGCCGCUUCUCUUCUGUCUGAGCAGGACUGCGCUCCGGCGCCGGCGGCCGCCCUGGUGGAGAGUGGGCCGGUGGUCUACGAGGAUGGCGAGGAUGAGGAGGAAGAGCAGGAGGAAGAGGAGGCCUGUGUCAGUGCCAUGGAGCUGCUGGGUGGCGCCGAAUACGGCUACGACGACUACGAUGACGGCUUCUAACACGCCCCCUGCAGGACGGGGGUGUCGCUGCAGACCACAAGACGGGCCGUCCCUGGCUGACUGGGACGCGGCGUCAAACCUUUGAGUUGUUUCGUUCGUGGUGGGACUGCUGACCGCCAGGUGGCGCACCUCGCCCCUUUUAUGUUCGCUGCUCCACAGACUGAAUGGGAGUCCAGCGCUGCUCCGGAUGGAGUCUUUCCUGCAGGAGGAGGAAGGGCGGGGCCUCUCCGCUGGGGCCCCGGCGUCACGCCCUGUUUAUGUGCACAUCAACUAUAAUAAAAAGAAAGACUGGAGGAUCGGAGCGCCGCCGUCACGUGACUCACCGAGGAGAAACGCGGCGAGAACCAAUCAAAAGCUGAAAAAGUCUCUUUAGCUGAGCUGACCUCCAGCGGGUCAUGUGACCGCAGCCGGGGUCAAGACUCUCUUCUGUCGUCGUCACUGUGAGGGUGAACCCCGCCGCGCGCCCCGCCUCCUCUUGUCUCCCCAACAUCUGCGGCAGGUGACACGCGCACACGCGCCUUCAGAGGAGAUGUCAGCGGGUCCCAGGGCGCUUGUUCCGAGCCCAGCACCAGGGUGGCGCCGGCUUGCUUUCAAACCCAGCACCGAAGAAGCAGCACAAUGUUCCGACCUCUGGGGAGACGGGACCCACCACUACAUCGCCACCUUGCGGCCAGUGGAAGUACCCGCACCCACCUAACCCUGGCUCAAAACUGGUGUCCCACUGUCCUGAAGUGAGCAGAGACUCGGCUCCAGCUGUCCUGAAGUGAGCAGAGACUCGGGUCCCGCUGUCCAGAAGUGACCAGAGACUCGUGUCCCGCUGUCCUGAAGUGAGCAGAGACUCGUGUCCCGCUGUCCUGAAGUGAGCAGAGACUCCUGUCCCACUGUCCUGAAGUGAGCAGAGACUCGUGUCCCACUGUCCUGAAGUGAGCAGAGACUCGUGUCCCGCUGUCCUGAAGUGAGCAGAGACUCGUGUCCCGCUGUCCUGAAGUGAGCAGAGACUCGUGUCCCGCUGUCCUGAAGUGAGCAGAGACUCAUGUCCCACUGUCCUGAAGUGACCAGAGACUCGGGUCCCGCUGUCCUGAAGUGAGCAGAGACUCGCAGGUGUUUUGCUUUGUGAAUGACACAUAGGUUGAAGUGAAAGACUGAGGGGACACAGAACAUGAGACAGGGAGUUUGGUCUGACCGAUCUAACAUGACUUUAAUAGACAGAGGGGCGCGACCUUUGCUCCAUUGUGAUUUUCUCCACUGUAUAUAUGUUGGACUGGCAGAGCAGGACCUGUGGUUGGACUCCAACAUGGUGACACUGUUUUGGCGUGGAGCUUGUUCCAUUUAUUUCAGUUCUUAUUUGUUAGAUGAUGCUCGGUUUGAAAUGCCAGAUCAGUGGAGGAGAAAAGCUGCUGCCACACGCGCCACGAGGUGGCGCUGAAGUAGUAGAAGUGCGUCUCAGUCCCACGUCAACCUGGCUACCUGCUGGUCGACGUCUUGAUCUGAGGGCUCCCGGCGGAGCAGAGAACCGCCCCGCUCAUCUCGGCCCCUGUUGACCUCUGUGUUUAUUCAGGACAUUGUCGCUCUCCUGUGAGGAGAGUUUGUGGAAGAUGGUGAGCUCCAGCUGCCGGUGUCUGGGACUCCUGCGCCUCCCAGAGGACUGGCGGCCGUCGCUCCUCCUCCACAGCAGUCUGGGUUCGGUAGGUUCCCACGCUCCUCAGCUCUCAGCCCUCUCUAGCGUGCGGUCUGCAGAGUGGACGGCCACUUCCUCAGCAGGUCCCAGGCGCCCUGGCGGAGCAGCGCUGUUCUUCUCCCAUGCUGGCUCCUACCCUUCCCUCCGCCUGACUCAUCCAGCUCCGCCAUCUUUGCCUCCAUGUUCCGCACUCCGCUCCCCGCGCCGAGCGCCUCAUGGUUUCUUCCAGGCCUGGCCGCGGGUCACGUGACCCCGGCCCUGGCUCAGAGCGCAGCAAGAACCACAGCCAGAGCAGCGCAGGACUCACAGCACACUUUACUUGCUAUCGUUUGAUACAAAGAGUAGAAAGAGGCUCGGCGAGAGGAGACACACUGCAACACACUGGCAGGCCCUGGCCACACCCACUGAUAGAAAGGUACCGGGGAGACGGGUAGAAAUGAACAUCCCAUGAUCGGGGGGCGUGCUGCCAGGCCCCGCCCACUCACGGUGAAAGUCCAAACGAAGAAGCACAAAAUAUUUUGGAUUGUGAUUUUAUCUGCUUUUGUACAGGCCCCACGCGGAGGAGCCGUCCAGCAGGGGGCCCCCGCCUCACCUGGCCCCCCUGGCUCUGACCCCGAGGCCACCUGCCCGUCCUGGGACGGGUGGAAGGUCCGUGCUCAGGUCCCAGCCAGCGGCCUCACAGGAUGGCGCAGAAGAACUUCUUCUCCCUGAAGGGGUUCUCGGACGCCGGCACCGGCGACAGUAGCGGGUCUUCUUUGGCGUGGGCCUCGCAGUACGACAUCAGGUCGGCCGCCGCUUUGGACACCUGGAGGUCAGAGGUCACGCUUGAGUCCAGGACUCGCCGCAGCCAGACGCCAGAGUCCGGCCCGGGUUGGACACUGACCUUUAUCCUGUCGAUGUUGGCCUCCAUCUUCAGCUGCUCCACCAGCUUCCUGGCCUGAGCGAUGCUGGCCGUGUUAUUGCUCGCCAUGAGAUGCGCCGGUCGGUCUGGAGCGCUCGCUCUGUCAGGGACCACAGGGAGGCGCUGUUAGUGAGCGUCUCCUCAUGGCAGCGGCUGGCAGCCAGGGGGAGGCGCUGAGGGAGACCCCGCACUGGGACCCAGCCUCCUCAGAGGGAGGGCGCAGCGAGCAUGCUCACAAGCUCAGGUGCCUUCACACUCAGCUGCGUGAUCAGAGCGCCCCCUGCUGCACACCUGCUCCCCAGGCCCACUCAGCAGAGGUUGGAGGCUCCUGCUCUAUCAGGAGUGAGGCGUCUGCUUCUCCUCACUCCCAGCACCUCUCCAUCUUGGGACAUGGCUGGAGGGAGGCUGGACCUGAGAAGAGCCUCCAUGAUGGCGAGACCCUGGAACUGGCGUUACCUGCUCGACUCCCGCCUCCAGAGGUCCUGGUCUGGCUCCGCUCAGGAGUUUCAGUUAAACCUGUGGAGGCAAGCAGAGAAGCAGGACGGUUGAGACAAGAGGAACCGAGGAACCGGGCCCUUCCAACCUGCGCCACAGAGGACGGCUUCAGGCUGGGACCGCGAGAGCUGAGCUGUGAGCAGAAGCUGCUGAAGAUCCAGGCCUGCGGAGCCCAGACUGGGGGAGUCCUGUCUAGUUCUACUCUACACACUGGAGCCUGAGCUGCACCAACCAGGUCCAAUCUCAGCUUCAGCGGUGGUGUCCCGUAUGCUAAUGCUAGCCAGACACAGCGCGAGCUCAAACAGCCAGGCGCCUCACCAAAGCAGCGUGGAGUGGAAGGUGUUUGCUCAGCGUCGCUGUUUGCUGAGGAACCUGAAGGU